AUGGACGGCAAGAGACACCCAAGCUCGUUCCAGCAGCUUGAGAAGCUUGGCGAGGGCACCUAUGCUACCGUGUUCAAAGGUCGUAACCGGCAGACUGGAGAGCUUGUCGCUCUCAAAGAAAUCCACUUGGACUCGGAAGAAGGCACCCCCUCGACGGCGAUAAGAGAGAUCUCGCUCAUGAAGGAGCUGAAGCACGAGAACAUUGUCGCCCUCCACGAUGUGAUCCACACCGAGAAUAAGCUGAUGUUGGUGUUUGAAUACAUGGAUGGAGAUCUUAAGAAAUACAUGGACACCCAUGGCGAUAGAGGCGCCCUCAAGCCCCACCAGAUCAAGUCGUUCAUGUAUCAACUGCUGAGAGGCAUCGACUUCUGCCACCAGAACAGAGUUUUACAUCGAGACCUGAAGCCUCAGAAUCUCCUAAUUAACGGCAAGGGACAGCUGAAGCUUGGUGAUUUCGGCCUUGCUCGUGCCUUCGGCAUUCCCGUCAACACGUUCUCGAACGAGGUGGUCACGUUGUGGUAUCGCGCACCAGAUGUCCUUUUGGGCAGCAGAACGUACAACACCAGCAUUGACAUCUGGUCUGCGGGAUGUAUCAUGGCGGAAAUGUACACCGGCAGACCACUGUUCCCUGGCACAACAAACGAGGACCAGAUUAUUCGUAUCUUCCGCAUCAUGGGAACCCCAACCGAACGAACCUGGACUGGCAUUACGCAAUUCCCCGAGUACAAACCCACUUUCCAGAUGUACGCCACUCAAGACCUUCGUCAGAUUCUUCCUCAGAUCGAUCCUACUGGCAUCGAUUUGCUCCAACGAAUGCUGCAGCUACGCCCCGAACUUCGCAUCAGUGCUCACGAAGCCCUCAAGCACCCCUGGUUCAACGAUAUCGUCAUGCAACAGCAUCAGCAGCAAGCUUUGCAAGCACAAGCUAGAGCCUACCCGGGACAAGGGUCUUACGAAAAUUACUGA